GGAGGUGGGGCGCCGAUGUCACUUCCGCACGGUCGGACCCCAAGAUGGCUGCGCUCUUGCUGAGACACGUUGGCCGUCACUGCCUGCGAGCCCACGUGGGCCCCCGGCUCUGCAUCCAAAAUGCGGCCGCCAUGGGCACCACGGCCAAGGAGGAGAUGGAGCGGUUUUGGAGGAAGAACAUGGGCUCCAACCGGCCAAUGUCCCCCCACAUCACCAUCUACAGCUGGUCCCUACCCAUGAUGAUGUCCAUCUGCCACCGCGGCACCGGCGUGGCCCUGAGUGCAGGCGUCUCCCUGUUCGGCCUCUCGGCCCUGCUGGUCCCAGGGAACUUCGAGUCCCACCUGGAGCUGCUCAGAUCCCUGUCCCUGGGCCCGGCCCUGAUCCACAGCGCCAAGUUCGCCCUGGCCUUCCCGCUCAUGUACCACACCUGGAACGGCGUGAGGCACCUAAUGUGGGACCUGGGCAAAGGCCUGAAGAUCCCGCAGCUCUACCAGUCCGGAGUGGCCGUGCUCGUCCUCACCGUGCUCACCUCCGCGGGGCUGGCGGCCCUGUGAGGGGCUGUGUCCCCCGCGCCGCCGCCCCUCCAGCCCCCGCGGGCCCCCCCCCCGCGCCCCACAGCCUUGGCUUGUCCCGCCUUCGUCCCGGCCACCGCUUCCCUCCUUCCCCGGACAGCGGGUGACGGCAGUGCUAGAGCAGCCCUGGGGCCUGGGGCUCGAGCCACAGGGGACCCCCAUGGGGCUCGGCGCUAGGGGGCGGGCAGGGAGCUGGACAGCAGAGGAAGACCCAGAACACAAUCACCGACUAUUCCAGACUCUUCUUCCGCUUGAGAAAAAUGAGCCUCCUUUCUAAUCCACGUCAUGUGACGCCUUCUUGGUAGCCAAAUUAAAGUACUAAUUUGUCUUUGA